UUAAAUAUAUUAUUAUAUUUUAACUAUAUACAGUGAUUAAGAAUAGUCUAAAAGGAGAAGUAAAAUAUUUUAAACCUAUUUCUGAUAGAGUGUGUCUUAUGAGGCUAAAAGGCUUAAAUAAAGCCAUAACAAUAAUCAAUAUCCACGCCCCUACUGAAGAAAAAGAUGAAGAAAUAAAAAAUGAAUUUUAUGAAAGGCUGGAAACGAUAAUGAAUAAUAUAACAGAUGGGGAUAUAAAAAUUAUAAUGGGGGAUGCAAACGCUAAAAUUGGAAAAGAGGAUAUAUACAGAAAUAUAACAGGAGGAGAAAGUAAGCACAUGAAAAGUAAUGAUAAUGGGGAAAGAUUGAUAAGUUUAGCCAUAGAAAAGAAUAUGAAAAUUAUGAGUACGCAUUUUAAAAGAAAAGAUAUUCACAAAGGCACAUGGAUGAUUCCUGGAAGUUCAAAAUCCAACCAAAUAGAUCAUGUCUUAAUAGCAGAUAAAUAUUCUAGACAAAUAAAAAAUUUAAGAACAUUCAGCAGAGGCUGA